GCCCAGCAAUAGCCCUCAGUGGCACUCCUCUCGUCAAUUGAACGUUGGAAAGAUGGCGGCGGCGUAUGCACAAGCGAGAGUCCCCUGCGCCGGCGGAUCGAAAGUGCUUCUAAGAGACUGAAAAUCGUCCUCUGUGCAAAAAUUUCACGGUGCAAAGUCCGUCGGCUGUUGCCUAGACAUGGUCUGGUCCAUGCACGGCGAAGAAUAGGACGCCGCGUUCUCGCUAUGGAGCCCCCGGAUCGCUCCCAGCCCAGCAGGCAGGGCAACCCGCUGGAAGAUGAAUCCAGACAGAACUCUCAGGAGGAGGAAUCCUGGGACUCGCCCAGCGAGGAAGAGGAACCUCUGUAUGCUACAUCGCCUCCUUACACCCACCGUCAGAUGAAGCGUAUGUCUGGCAAACAUCAUCAGAAAAACAGCCAGACAAGGAGUGGUGGACGUUCUCCCUGCAAGACGGACCACAGCCCGUCUGGCCUGAAAGAGAGCCCCCGGCCUGCGGAGAUGCCCGAGGAGCACAGCUACAAGCAGGGCAAGAAGCAGAGGGCCACCUUGCGUUCCACAGAGAGAGACCACAAAAAGACCUUUGAGACCUUCAUGCUGGACCCGCUGUCCAAAUCAGGCCCGUUUGGCACCCUCAACAUGGACCCCCGGAAGCACUACCUGAGCUUGGGCUGCAGCAGUUGCAAACUCCCCGUGUCCAUGCCCCACAUGGCCCGCACACACCGCCAGACCUCCAGGACGGACUGUCCGGCGGACCGCCUCAAGUUCUUUGAGACGCUGCGGCUGCUGCUCAAGCUCACGUCCAUGUCGUCCAAGCGCAAGGAGAAGGAGCAGCGGGGCCUGGAGAACAUGGCCUUCAUGGGACACAACAAUGAAGUCAUUUGGCUGGAGCUGCAGGCGUGGCACGCACGGCGCUCCAUCAGCGACCAGGAUUUCUUCCUCUUCACGGCGCGCCAGGCCAUCCCCGACCUCAUCAACGAUGUGCUGCAUUUCAAGGUCAAGUACGACAGCCUGAGACAGGCUCUGUGUUCGGAGUCCCAAGGCGUUCACGUGGACUGCCAGACUGUUAGGACUGUUCCGAACUUAGACUGUCAAGAGAAAGGUAAGCCAGCUGUAGCGGAAACCAACCACUGCGGGGUGGAUUCUUGGGGCUUUAGUGCAUGCCCCUCCACUGGGAUGAAUGCAGCCGAGCCCCUGGGGUCAGGCGGCGACUGCAAAGAGCACCUUCAAAGGCAGCGGUUGGCCUUUGAGCAGGUCAAGCGCGUCAUGGAGCUGCUGGAGUACGUGGAGGCGCUGUACCCCUCGUUGCAAGCCUUGCAAAGGGACUAUGAGAAGUAUGCAGCGCGAGACUUUCAGGGCAGAGUGCAGGCGCUCUGUCUGUGGCUCAACAUCACUCAGGACCUCAACCAGAAGCUGCGCGUCAUGGCCACCGUCCUGGGCCUACGGGACCUCUCUCGCAUCGGUUGGCCCGUCUUUGAGAUCCCGUCCCCCCGCUGCUCGCGUGGCAACGAAGAAGACGAGAACGAGGAGGACGAGGAGAACAACUCAACCGCCACUUUCACUGCUGAAAGUGACGGUGAGGAUGCGGCGGAGGAGGAUGAGGAGGAGGAGACAGCGGGAUGUAUCCUACACGAGAGAGAGCUGUCUCCGACUCUGACUCCCAAAUUUGCCCGAUUGUUGUCGGAGGAAGAGUUUCUCCCGACAGCACAGGCAGGAGGGGGCGUGUCCUGCCCCACCGCCAUCUACAGACCCUUUGUGGAUAAAGCACUGAAGCAGAUGGGACUGCGCAAACUCAUCCUCAGACUGCACAAACUGAUGGACCGCUCCCUUCAGAGGUCCAGGGCGGCCCUGCUCUGCCACACACCUGCACUGGAGUUCGCCGACUUCCCAGACCCCAUGCUGUACAACGACUACCUGCCGGAGCUGUCGCACCAAGGCUCCUGCGCCGGCUCGGCUGACCCGGAACUCGGGGCGGACCAAGUGUCUUGGGAGGAGUUGCUGGACAUGGAUCUCCCGUCCUUCCGGCCUGCAUUUCUUGUGCUUUGCAGAGUUCUCCUCAACGUCAUCCACGAGUGCCUCAAGCUUCGACUGGAGCAGAGGCCUGCUGGAGAACCUUCACUACUCAGUAUCAAACAGUUGGUGCGUGAGUGCAAAGAGGUUCUGAAAGGCGGCCUCCUCAUGAAGCAAUACUAUCAAUUCAUGCUGCGCGGCGUGGUCACUGAUGCUCAGGGCCUGCAGACCAACGCCAACAUUGACGAGUUCGAGGAGGAUCUGCACAAGAUGCUCGUGGUUUACUUUGACUACAUGCACAGCUGGAUCCAGAUGUUGCAGCAGCUGCCACAGGCCUCUCACAGCUUGAAGAACCUUCUGGAGGAAGAGUGGCACUUCACCAAGGACAUCACCCCCUACAUCCGGGGGGGUGAAGCCCAGUCUGGAAAGCUUUUCUGCGACAUUGCUGGGAUGCUGCUCAAAUCCACCGGAGAGUUCCUUGACGCUGGGCUACAAAAGAGCGGUAAUGAGUUUUGGGAAAGUGCCGACGACAGCACCGCAUCAGAUGAGAUCAGGCGAUCGGUGAUCGAGACGAGUCGGUCCCUUAAGGAGCUGUUCCACGAGGCCAGAGAACGUGCAUCCAAGGCUCUGGGUUUUGCCAAAAUGCUUCGCAAGGACUUGGAGGUUGCUGCAGAUUUCAACAUCACUAACGGGGUGGCGUCCCUCCUAGAGGCUCUGAAGAAAAGGAGCUAUGUCAAGGUUCAGAUUCCCGGCUUGGAGGAGCUGCAGGUGUUUGUUCCCUGCGGCUUGUUGGCUCAGAGGCCGCUCAUUCUGCAGCUCCUCAAUGCUGCUGCGGGUAAAGAUUGCUCUAAAGAGCCUGAUGAAUUGGCUGAGGAUGAGGCUUACCUGUUGAUGAGCAAGCACCGCAGCGGGGAUUUGACGGCUGAUUCUGACUGGGCACAGUGGGAUGGAGAGCUGCUCAAACUGGUCCCACAAAUGGAAACAGUGGACACUCUGAGGGCCAUGAAGGUGGAGAACGUGCUCAUCAUCGUGAUGCAGUCGGCUCAUCUGGUGGCUCAGCGGAAGGCCGUUCAGCAGUCCAUGGAGGAUGUGCUCACUCUUAGCCGCGAGCAAACAUCCAGUCAGCCUCUUAUCGCCGGCGCUCUGGAGGAGCUCAAGGACGAAGCCCUGCAGCUUUGCAUAAAGAUCAGCUCGGCCAUCGAUCGAGUGGAGUACAUGUUCACGACCGAGUUUAAGGCUGAGGUAGAGGAGUCCGAGUCGGCCACUCUGCAGCAGUACUACAGAGAGGCGAUGAUCCAGGGAUACAACUUUGCCUUUGAGUACCACAAGGAGGUGGUACGCCUCAUGUCAGGGCAGUACAGGCAGAGAAUAGGCGAACGCUACAUAGCCUUCGCCCGCAAGUGGAUGACGUACGUCCUGACUAAGUGCGAGAGUGGCCGGGGCACCAAGCCGAGGUGGGCGACUCAAGGUUUUGACUUCCUUCAGGCUAUUGAACCUGCCUUCAUAUCAGCUUUACCAGAAGACGACUUCCUGAAUUUACAAGCACUGAUGAAUGAAUGCAUCGGUCACGUGAUCGGGAAACCUCACAGCCCGGUCACAGGCUUAUACAUUGCCCCCAGAAGUAGUCCUCGGCCUGGCAAAGUCCCUCGCUGUCACAGUGACCCACCAAAUCCAAACCUUUUCAUCCCCAAUGCUGAAGGGUUCAGCUCUCGAAGUCUCCCCUGCGACCUGCGGAAUCAGCUGUUCCCAAACGGCCCUCGGCCCAUCCCGCAGGGCCAGGGGGAACACGGCAACCUGAAAGCGCCAGGCAGCGCCCCCAAUGAUGUCAGGGGAUCCAGUUUCCACGAGAACGACCGUCUGUCCAGUUUCAAGUCGCUGAGUCGGCAUUCAAGCCCUACAGACGACCGAGAAGAACCUUCGUAUCCCAAGGGCGACUCCAACAGCAGCACACGCAGAAGCUGGGAGCUCCGCACCUUCAUCAGCCAAUCCAAAGACUCAGUAGCUCGCCACAGCCCGCUGGAGGCGGUCCGUCAUUCCAUCCGCAAGUUUGAAGACAAGCGCUACGCCGUGAUGAAGCAACGCAACAUCAUCGGCCAGGUCUGCCACACGCCCAAGUCUUAUGACAACGUGAUGCAUGUGGGCCUCAGGAAGGUCACCUUCAAGUGGCAGAGGGGUAACAAAAUCGGUGAGGGCCAGUAUGGGAAAGUGUACACCUGCAUCAAUGUGGACACUGGAGAGCUGAUGGCCAUGAAGGAGAUCCGAUUCCAGCCGAACGACCACAAAACCAUCAAGGAGACGGCAGACGAGCUGAAAAUCUUUGAAGGCAUCAAGCACCCAAACUUGGUGCGCUACUUCGGAGUGGAGCUCCACAGGGAGGAGAUGUACAUCUUCAUGGAGUACUGUGACGAGGGCACCCUGGAGGAGGUGUCCAGGCUGGGCCUGCAGGAGCACGUCAUCAGGCUGUACAGUAAGCAGAUCACCACCGCCAUCAACGUCCUCCAUGAGCACGGCAUCGUCCACAGGGACAUUAAAGGAGCCAACAUCUUUCUGACGUCUUCUGGCCUCAUUAAACUGGGCGACUUUGGCUGCUCGGUCAAGUUAAGAAACAACACCCACACCAUGCCGGGCGAGGUCAACAGCACUCUGGGGACAGCCGCCUACAUGGCACCUGAAGUCAUCACCAGGGCAAAAGGUGAAGGCCAUGGAAGAGCAGCAGACAUCUGGAGUUUAGGCUGCGUCCUCAUUGAGAUGGUGACAGGAAAGAGACCCUGGCAUGAGUACGAGCACAACUUUCAGAUCAUGUACAAAGUGGGCAUGGGCCAUAAGCCCCCCAUCCCGGAGAAGCUGAGCACAGAGGGCAAGGACUUCUUGGGCCACUGUCUGGAGAGCGAACCUAAACGACGCUGGACUGCGAGUAUGCUGCUUGAUCAUCCCUUUGUCAAGGUGCUCGCUUCUUUUACCUUCUUCUACUUUUGGAACUACCUUCACCAUAGCUCAAUUUAAAUCACAUUAUAACGGGACUGUGUGCGACUCUAAGCACUAUGUAAAUCCAAUCCUUUAUUGUUAUUAUAGCUUGUCAUUACAACUCCUUACAGUAAAUCCUGGCCGGGCCUGCCUAUCGCAUAAACACACUAAACCAAGGCUGUCAAACGUACAGCGAACAUGUUUUAUCCGGCCCGCGGGAUGAGUUUGCUAAGUAUAAAAAUUAACCUGAAUUUUUUUAAUGAAAGAAACAGCUGAUCUAAAUGUGUCCACUGGAUGUCGCAAUAGCAAUUCUUUGUAUCUUUGUAGACGAUGCUACAUAUGUACAAAAUAAACCACAUGUUAGUACAGCAGUCGAGGAAAAUGAUCAAACUACAUAAAUAACAUCCUGUAAUUUGAUUUUGAUAUUAUUUUUUUUAUCUUGAUGCAAUGAAAAUUAACACCAAUGAGUUGUCUGUCUAUCUGUGUUGGCCCUGUGAUGAGGUGGCGACUUGUCCAGGGUGUACCCCCCCUUCCGCCCGAAUGCAGCUGAGAUAGGCUCCAGCACCCCCCGCGACCCCAAAAGGGACAAGCGGUAGAAAAUGGAUGGAUGAAUGGAGUUGACUGAUGAACCUUAUCACAUAAUUUAUUCAAAAAAUCUAAAUAACAACAAAUAAAGUAUGUAUGCUAUUAAUCGCAACAGGUAAUUGUAAAAAAAAACAACAACAUUGUGAUUUGCACAAUUUCAGAAUGUGUUUGUUCUAUUUUUAAACAAAGAAAACAAUCUGAAGUGGUCUUUAUUUUUAAGUUAUCGUGCCGUGAUUUUACCAGUCCGGCCCACUUGGGAGUAGAUUUUUCUCCAUGUGGCCCCCGAUCUAUAAUGAGUUUGACACCCCUGCACUAAACUCUUGUUUAGGGCCACGACCACUAGGGGGCCACAUGAUCAUGGCCUAGGCCAGAGGUGUCAAAAGUCGUUUUCACUGAGGGCCACAUCGCAGUUAUGUGUUGCCCCGGAGGGCCGCUUCUAACAGUGAACACUAUUACUACACAAAUUUUAAUGCAUUUUAUUAGUAGAUUUUUUUAAAAACUAAAAUGUAAAUAAAAAUAUGGUAAAUUGCAAUAAUUUCACCUCAAAAUUUUGUGUAUUUUACUGUAAAUUGAAAAACAGUACUGCUCUUUUUAUGGUAUAAAAAAAUGCCACUCAGUUGCCAGAAUUUUACUGUUAAAAUUGACAUUUGUUUUUUUACUGUAAAUAAAAAAAAACUAACAUUUUGGCACCUAAGCUGCUAGUUUGCAAAUCAACUGUAGAUUUUUGUCUGUAUUACUAUAAAAGCCACAAUUUAUUACAGUAAAAAAAAAAGUAGGUUUUUUUCAUUUAGAGAAAAAUGCUGUAAAAACCACAGUACAUUUCACAAUUUUACCAUUAAAUCUAUUGCUACUUUAACAUUGCACAAUUUGAUGGAUAACUUUCUUUGAAAUCAUUAUUAUUUAUUUCUAUUUUAA